AUGGCAGGUGAUAAAAUCAUGCAUGUGCAACCUGAAGUUUUAGCUAUUGAUGAAACCAAUAACUACUUGAACAAUCAAUUAUGGAAGUUAUGUGCUGGACCUCUGUUUGAUACUCCAAAAAUUGGAGAGAAACUAGUUGCCUCUAUGAACGACGAACUUUGUCAACUAAAACCAAUUUUUGAUAUUCCGUCAAAAAUUUGUUGUAAUGUUUUUAGUAUCAAUCUUAAGGUAGAGAUCAAUACAGAUGAAAUUUAUGCAGAAGUUUCUUUGGUGCCUGAUACAUCUGAUGUUGAGAUCCCUAUUCCUAAAAACAAAAACAACAUACAAAACAUUAACUAUUUCACCAAGGUGUUAAGUGAUUCUGAUACCCGCAAAAAUGGUGGUUUUGUUUUGUAUAAAAGACAUGCCAUUGAAUGUCUUCCCCUAUUGGAUAUGUCUCAGCUAACCCCAAGUCAAGAGAUAAUUGCUAAAGAUAUUCAUGGUCGUGAAUGGAGUUUUAAACACACUUUAAGAGGUACACCAAAAAGACAUCUUUUCUCAUCUGGUUGGAAUGAGUUUGCAAAAGGAAAAGAGUUGGUUGCUGGAGACUCUUUUGUAUUCCUCCGAGGAGAGAAUGGGGAAUCGCGAGUUGGUAUCAGUAAAGCACCUCAUCAGCAACACAACAUACCAACAUCUUUAAUUUCAAAACAGAGUAUGCACCAUGGUGUAGUUGCUACUGUACUGAAUGCUAUUAGAGAAAAAUGUAUGUUCGUUGUGUUCUAUAAGCCAAGGUCGAGCCAAUUCCUUGUCAACUUUGAUAAAUUUGUAGAUACAGUGAAUAAUAAGUUUAGUAUAGGCUCCAAAUUUUCGAUGAGGUUCGAAGGAAAAUAUCUAAAUGAAAUAAGAUACAAUGGAACAGUAGUAGGAGUGAGAGAUUUCUCCACUCAUUGGAAGGAUUCAGAAUGGCGAAGUCUAGAAGUGCAAUGGGAUGGAGCUGCAACAAUUCCAAGACCUGAUAAGGUAUCUCCAUGGGAAAUUGAGUUGUUAACACAUUCAUCACCAAUUUUCAAGUCAGAUGAUCUAAAACAUAAACGUCAAAUCGAAGUAAAUGAGUUUGGUAACUACUCAUUCCCAACCAUGUCCAAACCAAACUACAAUGAGCAAAUGGUUCAAGCAAUGAAAGAAACAACCACAACCGCAACUACUAGCUGCAGACUUUUUGGAGUUGAUCUAACAGUUCCCGCUACAACAAAUGAUUCAAUAAAACCUAUUGACUCGUAUAAAAAAAUUAAGAUUUCUAAAAUCUUUGAAGAAGAAGAAAUUGUUAACCAUGUCCAAGCUAGAAGUCUUACUAAGGUUCAUAUGAAAGGUGUCAUAGAGAAGACUGUAGAUUUAACUAUAUUUGAUGGAUACAAUCAGUUGAUCGAUGAAAUGGAAAGACUCUUUGAUAUCAAAGGCGAGUUGCAUAUGCACAAUCAAUGGAAAAUGUUUUUCAUAUAUGAUGAGGGAGAUAUGAUGAUUCUUGGAGACGAUCCCUGGCCCAAAUUUUGCAAUAUGGCGAAAGAAAUAUUCAUAUGUUCGAAAGAGGAUGUCAAGAUAGGGAUAGCAGAUAACAGAUUCUCCAAAGGUGAUCCAACAUUAACAACAACAAUUUUACCACCAGAUGUCAACAGCAAUUAGAGAGACUUUUGGUUUUAAAAUUAAAUGUUGCUUGUUUUUAU